CUCGGAGAAUACAUCUGUUUCUCGGUUUGUUCGAUGACUAGUUAGUUUUUUCACAAAUGAACUAGCUUAAAUCUGUCUACAGGUGGCAAAAAGCUGAAAACUUGACUUCUCAGAUUAGAUUUAGUUUUAGUCUUGUUGGUUAUAGCAUUAAACCUUAGUUAUGUAUUUAAGAGUUUAUUUUCUUUUUGGCGUUCUUUCUUUAAAUAAGAUUUUGCCUUUUUAGUAGCCGCAGAUUUAAGGUCUCUUGCUUUCUUUUGUCAUUUUUUUGAAAUUGAACUCACAUACUUGACAAAAUGAGCUUUACUAAACUAAUCCCCUAGUCCUUGUUAUGUGCAGAUAUAAAUAUUGCAAAACUGAAUUUAGGGUACCAAUUUAAAUCCAAAAUAAAUAAAUUAUAAAUUUUAGCUGUAUUGAAUCUUAUAAUUACUAGUUUUCACGAUAGUUUAAAAAUAAUUCACAAAUGUUUUUGUACUUCUUCUUAUAAAACUUUAUUUAUGUUUUGUGUGUAUAUAUAAUCAUAAUGCCAUCAAUAUAAAGAGAAUUGACAAGAAUACAGGAUCAAUAGAUUUUGUUUCUUCAAAUUGAGAAUUUUGUUUUCUUGCAUGUUAUGAGCAAUAUAAACCCUUUUUUAUUUUUCAAAGAGCAUAUAAACUUUUACUCUGUAAAACUGAAUGCCAGGAUUUUGACAUGAAAAAGAUUUGGUGGACUUGUACGAAUAGGGCAUUAUAGUAAAAAUGUUAGACUAAACUAAUACAUGAAAUAGUAUUAAAGCCAAAUAAUAAAUAAGAAUGAGAAAGGAAGAGAAUACAAGAGAGCAUGGAUGCCAGAGACGUUGGCCUUGGCAAGAGUGAUGUUCCUUUUCUAAAAGUUUUUUAAGUACUUCUGAGACUACUUAGACUAUUUACAAUGGUGUGUUGAAUUUAUACGGUUUACAUGUUGCAAUGGGAUGUUUAAUGAAGUGUUGAAACUGAGUUGGCAUUCAACUAGUUUAAAAAAUUAAACUCUGUUGAAUUUCGUUGGAGAAGAAAGAGAAUGUAGCAUGGUCUCUUCCUAUUCGCUGAGACAAAUGUGUGGGUUUUACCUUUUUUUUUUAUUGGUUGUGUUGAAUUUCUUUUUUUUUUCUCUCCUUCUACAUUAUUUGGUUCAAUUAUUGUAAAUAAAAUUAUAACUUAUUGAAAAAAAAUAUAUUAAAAUUUAUCAUUUUUCAUAUUCUAUAAAUAGAGACUUGUUUCAUUAGAUUUGGACACAGAAAAAAAAAUCAUCAUUCACCUCUCAAACAAUUCUCGUUACUAUAUUUUUCUAUUUUAUUGAACAAUGGAUCCCAACAAAAACUCUUCUAAUUAUACCCAAAACUCUUCAAACUAUCCUUUCAACUACCCAAAUUUCCCAAAUCCCAACAACUACCCAUUUCAAAAUCAACUUCCCAAUCAAUCCCAAAACAUUCCAAAUUACAGUUUUCCACCAAGUUUCUUCAUGCCAUCAGCUGUUCCAAACUAUCAUCCAUAUUAUGGUUCGCCGAUGUCAUAUUCUUCUCAACCACCCGCUUAUUCUUCUACUCCGACGGAUAAUGAAAUUGCUCAAAAUGUUGGAGCAACUGAAUUUCCCGAAUUUUCUACACAGGUGACUCUUGGUGGUGUAAGUGAAGCUAAUGAAGCCACUCCUCGUGCAGACACUUCAACCCCUGCUACCCGGAAAAGCGUCAAAUGGACCACCGAGCAGAAUUUGGUGCUACUGAGUGGGUGGAUCAAACAUGGAACAGACAGCGUUGUUGGUAGAAACCAGAGAAGCGAAUCAUUUUGGGGUAAAAUUGCUGAAUAUUGUAAUGAGCAUUGCUCAUUUGAUCCUCCGCGUGGUAGAGUAUCGUGUAGAAAUCAUUACAAUUACAUGAACCAAAAAUUGGGAAAAUGGAUUGGUGCUUACGAUAGCGCUAAACGUAUGCAACAAAGUGGGUGGUCGGAGCAAGAGAGAGAAACUGAUGUGGAAGAAAGAGAAGAUGAUGUGAAGGGUGUUGUGUGUUGAAUCUAUUGUAUAUAGUCUUACCUCGAUUCCUUCUUAAUUCAUUUUCGUUUUUUUUUCCAAUAUUUAAAUAUAACUAACCUUUUCAUCUUCAGUAUAGUUAACCUCUUUUAUCAACAAAAUAAAUUCAAAAAUGUAGACUGAUUUAGUUGAUUAAAUUGGUGAUAAAGAUUUUACAAAACAAAAUAUAACGGUAUUGCUUGUAUGUGAGAUCAAUGAUAAUUAUCCAAGUAUAUGUGUAUCUAAGAAGACAGCUCUAAUUAUUGGAGUUAAAAUUCACAAUUAAUAUAUUAUAAAAUAAGUCUUAAAUUUAGAAAGUGGUGAGAUAUAAUAUUUGUGAAUAGAUCUUUAAUAAGAUAAUUUUCUUGAAUUAUAUUUAAUAUUGAUGAUUAAUAUGACAAAUACAAAAAAAAACCAAAGAAAAUAGAGCGUAUUAUAAAUAUCCAAGUAAAAAGGUAAAAUAUAUCUGUAAAAUGAUGAUUUUGGUUAACUUUUUAUAUUCUUUAACUCGAUCUAACUACUUUGUAUAUUUAAGGUGUAUGUACCGUAUUUUUUUUAGAGGAUCUCGAGUUGUUGAUAAGUGCUUGAUUGCAAAGUGAUUUGGUCUUGAGUUUUAGUAUUUUCUAAGAUGGCUACCUCGAAUUAAUUGGUAAUCCUUUAGACAAAAUAAUUGGGUUUUACUGAUAACCAUAUAUAUAUUAUCAAAUGUUCAUCUUGAAUGAACUUUUAGUAUGCUAAAUUUAUGAGAUAAAUCAUGUUCCAACAAUAAUUUUGCCUAAAACUGGAGAAAAUGUUUCAGUCUUGUAUUUUUAUACAUUUGGUUCUGGGAAUGGAAAACUUUUCUAAUUGAUGGCUUGUUCCCUAAGUUGACCCAAUACAUCCCGAAAAUACAACCGAGUAUUCUCAAUGCGCAGGAUGCCUUUGUCUGGCUACCUAGCAGCUCUAGAACCUAUACCGCAAAAUCAAGAUACUUCUCUUCCCAAAGCCAAUCCAACCAAUCGACAAUCCCACUCUCGGCUCCGAGUACUUUAUCUGCAUCCACAACAAUUGGAGUAAGCAACUUAAAUGAUAGCACCACACAAAUUUUACUAUCGCCUAUUGAAUCUUUUGAUUUGAAGAAAGCCAUUUGGAACCCUCCCCUUAAUCCAAAGAUUAAGAUGUUUUUAUGGAAAGCAGCACAAGAGGCCUUGCCAAUGGGAGUUAAUCUCCAAAGACAGAGGCGUACUAUCCAACACAAACUGCUGUCGCCGUGGUCUUCAGGAAUCCACCCUCCACAUUUUCAUACAAUGCGGCUUUGCCCAAGAAGUUUGGAGCUAUGGACCCUGGAAUGAGCCAAUCCUCACAACCAAGAAUCACACUUUUAAAGACUUAAUCUGGGAAUCAAGGAAAUGGAUCACACUACCCCCUUCGGAAUUACUAUAAAUGCUUUUGCAUGGAUCUGUUGGGCGAUUUGGGGCGCUCGAAAUCAAACCCUCUUUCAGAAUCGAUCCUUUUCUCCUCAGGAAACUUUCAACAAAGCAAUUGCCGCUGCUAGAAAAUGGGAAUUGGCUCAACCCGCACCAAUAGCCCCAUCAAUCCACCCACCCCACGAUCAAACUUCCAACAAUUAUCACCCGAUCUGAUUCGUUGUAACACAGACGGAGCUUGGAAAGUAGAAUCGGGAGCAGCGGGACAGGGCUGGAUCUUCUCGGAUGCCACGACGCCAGAAAUUGAUCGCGGAUCACUCUACAAAAAACAUGUAUCAUCUCCUCUACUCGUAGAAGCUUUGGAUAAGAUAAGCUCUCAUGCAUGUGAUCUCCCUUAA